GUGGAAUACAACAUUUGACUCUUUGAUAGGGAUAAUCUACAGCACAAAUUACGCCAAAGUUUGACAUCAUAUACAACAUUUUUUUUAUUAUUAUCGGAAAAUGUACUAUCUCCAUUUUUAAAUACUCCAUAUGUGCAAUUUGUUUUUUGGAAAAUAUGUCCAAUUUGUUAAAUUUUUCGCUAUUCAAACUCUGUUUUUUAUUUUUAUUUUUAUUUUUUAUUAACAAAAAUGAAAUAUAUCAAUGACAAUGAUAAAAAAUGUACAUUGUUUGGGGUAAGUAUGUUCUUAAGCACGGAAACAUUCGUCCCGCCGUACGUAAUUGAGUCCCAACAUUUGAAAGUGGACCACAAAUCAAGCCAGUUGUGCCCCUCGCAAAGGCUCUCUUUAUAAGCUGACUAAACUCCCCCAUCAUCUUACCCGCAAGUAAUUAAAACUCUAAUACUGGCAAUGGGCUUAUCCAUACAUUUACUGCCCCUAAUUGCCUUCCUCUUUGUCUCCGCCUUCGCUCACAGCCCUUACUUGCCACAAGAACAUCAUUCCCCUAUUCCUCCCAUCAUUGUUUCCACCUGCAAGGCGUCACGUGAUCCAACAACAUGCCAACAUGUGAUCAACCAAUCGGGUCACGUGUCGCCUGGAUCAACUGUUCGCCAAGUCAUCCUGUCGUUGCUCCACCUCACCCUCCAUAAUCUCCACACUGCGGAAGUGCAGCUAAAGAACAUUAAGCACGGGUCAAACAUGACCCGUGCCAUAGCUGCAAAUAAUUCUCUGGAGCCAAUAGACUACUCGAGGUACCGGGUCGGCAUGACAGUCAGACACGGCCUCUCAGCCAGCAGUUCUAAGCUGAAGGACAGCCGUGCAUGGCUGAGCGCCGCCCUGUCGUCCCAGUAUGACGGAUUGGGCGGCUUGAGAAAAGUGAACGACUCGAAAGACGCGAUUGAUGCUAUGGCAUUUAUGAAUAACGCCUUGAUCGCGACGACCAGCACCGCACUGAGCAUGCUUGCGAAUUACGAUUUCCAUGGCGAAAAAACAUGGUUGUGGGGCCCAAUAUAUACGGAACGCGACGGGUUCUGGGAGCCGGCCGACAAGAAGAAGUGGUCGGAUUUCAAAGACGGUGGCGGGCGCAAGAUCCUAGCUUAUAACGUGACGGUGUGCAAAACCGGUGGAUGCGACUACCGGAGGGUGCAGGACGCGGUGGAUCCGGCGCCGGAGUCUAAGCCGGCCGAGAGAUUCGUGAUCUGGAUCAAAGCUGGAGUUUACAACGAGACUGUGCGGGUGUCGCUGUACAAGUACAACGUUGUUUUCGUCGGAGACGGGAUGGGCAAAACGGUAAUUACGGGAUGUUUGAAUGCCGGUCAGCCCGGAAUGGGAAUCUUUCACACUGCCACCGUUGGUGUGCUCGGAGACGGGUUCACGGCGACCAAUAUCACAUUUGAGAACACCGCCGUCGGGUAUCAGGCGGUAGCUUUCCGAUCCGACGCUGACCGGACCGUCAUGGAACACUGCGAAUUCCGGGGAAACCAGGACACCCUUUACGCCAAAUCCCUCCGCCAAUACUACAAAUCGUGCCACAUCCGGGGCAACGUUGACUUCAUAUUCGGCAACGCCGCCGCAUUCUUCCAGGACUGCAAGAUCCUGAUUGCUCCGAGGCCGGCCCAGCCGGAGGCAGGGGAGGAUAACACGAUCACGGCCCAGGGCAGGCUGGAGCCAGGCCAGUCAACGGGGUUCGUCUUCCACAAAUGCUCCAUCAACGGGACAGAGAAAUACAUGAAGAUUUACCUGAAAAACAGAGACGUGCACAAUAAUUUCCUGGGGCGGCCAUGGAAGGAGCACUCAAGGACUGUGUUCAUAAGGUGUAACUAUGGGGGCUUGAUUUCGAAGAAGGGAUGGAUGGUGUGGGAUGGAGAGUUCGCAUUGAAAACGUUAUAUUACGGGGAAUUGGAG